GCACAUCAGAUCUGAGCCCCUUCUCUGACCCCCGACAGUUCGAUCGCUCCUUCCCGACGCUGCCGGCUCUCACUGAAACCAGGUUCUCUGACCCACGGAUGCAUUACCCCGGCGCCAUGUCCGCUGCCUUCCCUUACACCGCGACACCCUCUGCCACGGGCAUCGGGGGCAUCAGCAUGACCAGCAUGCCCACCACGACGCGUUUCCACCACACUUACCUGCCGCCCCCUUACCCUGGCUCCACACAAAACCAAAGUGGACCCUUCCAGGCCAACCCCUCUCCCUACCAUUUAUACUACGGCACGUCUUCGGGCUCCUACCAGUUCUCCAUGGUGGCAGGCGGCGAGCGCUCGCCCACCCGGAUGCUCUCUUCUUGUACAAGUGCCUCAGCGGGGAACAACUUAAUGAAUCCCAACCUGGGCAACCAGAAUGACGGGGUGGAUGCGGACGGGAGCCACAGUAACUCACCAACGACCAUGACAACUACUGGGAGGAUGGAUGAGUCGGUCUGGAGACCCUACUAGGAGGAACUCAAGUGGGCAGCGAUAUCUUUACCUUAAUCAGCCACCGUUACGUUACUCCUUUUGGUAGUGAAUAGAGCAAAAUGAUGCCUAGGGAAAAGAUAAACCAAAGUCUCCCAAAUCAAAAGCAAACCAGGAUCCUCUGCAUGCAAGCAUGGGCAAACAUCAAGCAAAGAUGGACCAGGACCUAUGUUACAUUUCAAGAUGAACGUCCACGAGCCUUGAAGUUGUCGCUUG